ACAUCGUAACUUCCGUCAAGCUUUGUUUUCAUCGUGCGAGCUUGGAUGCCUAAAUCAGAUUUGUCAGCCAAUAGGUCCUUCCAGUAUUCAUGGGCCACAUGAGAUGAUCACUCUUGCAAAGAAACUGAAGCAGCAGCAUGCACAGCAGGCGGGAGGGGCCUCUGAUGACAGCUGUGGGCGGAGAGUCUCCAUCAGGGAUAAAUUGCUGGUCAAAGAGGUACAAGAAAUGGAACUUAACACGCCCAAAAGCUGUAAAGUACAUUUUGAAGAUCCCAACAAACUGAAUCAAUUUUCAUUAACAAUCACACCAGAUGAUGGUUUUUAUGCUGGUGGGAAAUAUAAAUUUUCUAUAGAUGUUCCAGAAGAAUAUAACAUGGUGCCACCAACUGUCAGAUGCAAUACUAGAAUAUGGCAUCCAAAUAUUACAGAGGAUGGAGAAGUUUGCCUUAGUCUUUUACGAACCAACUCUAUAGAUAGCAUGGGAUGGGCACCUACAAGACACUUAAAAGAUGUCAUAUGGGGGCUAAAUUCACUAUUUUCUGACCUCCUUAAUUUUGAUGACCCAUUAAAUGUCGAGGCAGCAGAACAUUAUGAGAGAGACAAAGAGAGUUUCAAACAUAAAGUAAGAGACUAUAUUCAGAGAUAUGCAAAAAGGUAAACCAAGAUUUGAGUGCACCAAGUGGAAAAGAAAUGGUCCCUCCUUUUAUAGACAGUUUCUGUAACAAAGGAUUGAGAAAUUUCACAAAAGUGAAGCUUGGCACCAAAGCCAUGAACACAUGGAAUUUCAGGAAACUGAGAUUUCAACAAGGAUGACCUUGCUUGGUGUUUGCUGACUUAAAUAGGAGCAGUGUGUAUGUUGCUGUCAAGGGCAAUUCAGAGAGGAACUUUUUGAAACAUGGGGAGAAUAUGCUAGAACGUGGGUCCUUUGCAUGGCUAAUUGUUAUUUUACCUGCAUUGUUAUACUACUACUACCAAGAUGCCUUUUAACCAUAACAGUUGGUAUUUUGAAGGUAUUUUUUAAUUGGUCAGUUAUGAGCAGUUUCAGAUCUUCAGGUGCAGAUCUACUCGAGGUGCUCUCAUUGUGAAAGUUAACAAGUAUCAACAGUUAUGUCAUUGUAGAUAGUCACUUAAGAUCUCAGUGGUUAAAAGAGUCACUUAAGAUCUCAGUGGUUAAAAGAGAAACCAAUAUCUUUUUCUUCCCAGUCCUGUAAUUAACUUGUGGUUUGGUUUCGGAGUAUUUGAUUGCUGCAAGGCAAUUUGCUCAUACAUGUGCAAUGUGAAUUAUAACAUUUUCAAUAAUUAUAAUUGAAUUUUUCUGUUAAAGCAAACUCGUUGAUGUCUGUGAAGGGGUACUUGAGGCUUUUCUUGCUACAUUGUAAGUUUUAUGGAUAAAAGUUUUGAGGAAAAUGAUAAAUAGGUAAUACAUAAAAAAUUCUUUCCUCCCCCCCCCUCCCCAAAGUUGGAACAACAAUGACAGUACUUUAGAAAUUACUUCUGAAAACAGUUUGGUUUUGACUUGGCACAAAUGUAGCCAUAUAAUAACACAUUUUAUAUUGUGAAGAAUGGAAAAACUUGUAAUAAAAGUGACUUAAAAUUCUG